AUUCUUCGGAGGAAUGAUCCUGCUGAUCACCCUCUCCUCAGUCAUGACCAUCUUCAUCCUCGGUCUGCACUUCCGCGGUCCCAAACUCUACCCGGUCCCGAUGUGGCUCCGUCCUGUGUUCUUCAUGGGUCCUCCAAAGGUGUGGAAGAUCGAGGUGGUGAGGAAAGAAGAUGCGCAAACAACGAAGAAGAACGGAGUACCAGGAGACACUGCGCUAUCCGACUCUGAGUUCUCGCGUACUAUCGCGAGAAUCGAACAAAGCAUUUCCGAUUUUGUCCAGGAGGAGGAGCUGAAACUGUAUUACACAGCGUUGCGCAAGGAGUGGGAGCUAUUGGCUAAACGGAUUGACUUUUUCCUCUUAAUGAUAUUUCUGGUCAGUUUUUUCAUCACAACAGUCGCAAUGCUUGCCUCUAGCUUAAGUUCAGACGUCGACUUAAAGGUGGGUUCGCACUAAUCUCCAACCAGAUCCACGGUGCGUAAUGUAUAUUAUGUCAUACC